GUUGAGUUGCGAAAGAAGCCGAGGUGAUUUUUCGCAUUCCGAGAGGAGAAGUGACAGCAAGCGGCUACUGAGCACUCCCGCCAAGGACAACUUCGAACGUCCCUCACUAUCCCUCCCACCUCAAACCCUCAGCUGCAACAUACAUAGAGAAUACCUGUAUCAUAGCAAUGCUGCUUCUCAAACACCCUCUUCCGUCAGGCAUACUGCUGCUGGCGACAUUUGCUUCGCUUUGUGUCGCUCCAGCCUACGCCGGCCCGCAGACGAACUGGUUCGACGGCAAGGUGGAAGAGGGUCCGUACGACGGUUACUGGAAGUACGACGAGGUUGUCACUGGUUGCAAUGCUAUCGUCAAGAACAAGACGAACCUUGUGUCGAAGAUAGAAAUAGGACAGUCACUACAAAGCAGGCCCAUCCCAGUAUUGGCACUAACAGACACCGUCAACCUGGCAACGCCGCUGGAUAAGCGUCCCUCGAUGCUCGUAACAGCACUAACCCGCGGAAACGAGCCAAUGUCAGCGUCAGCCGCGUUAGAGCUCGCAAAGACAAUCGUCAACGAACCACAAAUGGCAGCAUUACUAGCCACCACGAAACUGUACGUGGUGCCAAUGUUGAACGUCGACGGGUCCAUAUCGGGGAAGGCCAAGAACAUGCGGCCGGGGUGUAAAGCAGACACAUCGAAGGGUGGCGUCGAUCUAGCCGCGAACUGGAAUUUCGCAUGGGAUCUGUACCUGCCCAACAAGGCAACGAGCCAAAAGUACACGGACGAAUGUUCGCCGAACUAUCACGGCGACGACGAGUUCUCGGAGCCGGAGACAAAUGCUUUGCAGGAGUUUGUCACGAAUGUCGCUAAGCCGAGGGUGGCGGUGUUUCUGCGUGAUGCGGCGACGGCGAAUCGGUCGCGGCUGGUCAUUCCGUACACGUAUCACCCAUCGAAUAGCAGUGUGCAGCGGGCGCGCAAGCUGUUCACGGAUGCUGAUGCGGCGACGUAUGAUGGGAUUGUCAGUACGCUGACUUUCGCCACCAAUAGCGCCUAUAUAGUUGGGACGGAGUAUGACGCACGGGGGACCACUCUGUCGGGAUCGGAUCUUGACUGGACGUUUGACCAGGCAGGCGCUUUUGCUCUGGGACUGGAGAUUGGGACGAAGGGGAAGAAACAAGCGGAUAUUCACAGUGUCUUGCAUGAGCACGUCCGCGGCCUAAUGGCCCUCCUCGAAUCCGUCCCCAAAACGCCUUCCAAGCUCGCCACCCCAGCAAAGGGCAGCAUCUCCAAGCACAUCGGCAAAGCCAUCCUCAACAUCCCCUUGAUUCUCGGUGCGAUCGCCGCCGUCCUCCUGUUCACGGGCUACCUCAUCGCGCGGUUCCUCGGCUACGACAAGAUCUGGGACCGGUUCGCCCUUGCGGUGCAUCGGUUGAGGCGGUGGAGGAUGUAUCGGAAUUAUAGAUCUUUGCAGCCGAGUGGGAAGGAGGAGGAGGAGGAGGGGGAUGAGGAGUUUGGGUGGGAUUUGGAUGGGGGGUUGGGGGAGGAGGGUGGGGCUUUUGAUCGGUGA